CCGAUUUCCUUGCUGAGAAUCAGGUUCGUGUUGUUGCCUCCCUCCCUUGCUACACCGUGGAGAACGUCUCCAAGCAACGAGGCGGAGGGGUGUUCGAGAAGAGUAUCGCAGCCCUCCAGAUGCUAAAUUCUCUGGGUUAUGGCAAAGAAGGGUCCCCUCUGCAGCUUGAUCUGGUAUACAAYCCCUUGGGGGCUUUCCUUCCUGCGGCACAGGACGUCUUGCAGGCAGCCUACAAGACGRAACUGUUCGAGGCGUACGGCAUAACCUUUAAUAACCUGUUCACUGUCACCAACAUGCCAAUCAAAAGGUUCGCCGACUAUCUGUAUCGCAAAGGGGAGAUGACAUCCUACAUGAACCUGCUCCUCAGCAGCUUCAACCCGGCGGCAGUAGAUAGCGUCAUGUGUAGGGAUAUGGUCAGCGUCGGAUGGGAUGGGGCCUUGUUUGAUUGUGAUUUCAACCAGCAAUUGGGGUUGGGAGUGGGAGGGCAAUCUGUGCCAUCGACCGUGUUUGAUCUGCAUUCGUUCGAUCAGCUGAUCGGCCGACCAAUCGCCGUAGAUGAUCACUGUUAUGGCUGCACGGCGGGCCAUGGGUCGAGCCUUCAUGGCUCACUCAAGCUGCUCUGGAGGUCUGGGCACCUGAUUGACGUUUACAGCUUUGAACACAAGUCGGAUGAGCCAGAACGUGCCGUCGUAAUGACCAUCAGCCAGCCAGUUGGCACAACAGCAGGCGAUGCCUCAAAGCUGCACUGGUGGACCGUGGGCAAUGCUGUGCUUUCACCUGCUGCAAGUGAAUUCCAGCAUCUUCUGCAGGUGACUUUCUCUGGACAAGAUGUCUCAAGCUGCAGGGAGACGCCAUCCGCACUUAUCCCUACGCCGACUCCUUCCACUCCUGCUUCAGACGCUGCUGCUGCUAAGGAGUUAGAUCACCUCCUAGCGACCUUGCAGCCAAGCGUCGCUACCCUCCUUCGCAAGUAUCGCGAUGUCUUUUCUUCAUCUGUCUCCUAUAGUAGCAUUCCUCCUAUGCGUGACAUCGAGCACCGCAUCCAGCUGGAACCGAAUUACCGUGUCCAGCAUCGAGCCCCAUACGGCAUCUCGGUCCCCGAAGCCCAGGAACUUCAAAUCCAGAUCGACAAGCUGCUUCGUCAGGGCUUCAUUAAACCGAGCACGUCAUCGUGGAGCGCACCGGUCCUCUUCGAUCGAAAGAAGGACGACGCCCUUCGCCUCUGUUUCUAUUACCGCGGCCUCAACCAGUAUACGGUCAGAAACAGUUAUCCCAUGCCCCGUGCAGAUGACCUGUUCGACCGCCUCGCUGGCCAUCAUUUUUUUACGAAGAUUGAUCUUCGCAGCGGAUACCACCAGAUCCGUGUGGCCAAGGAGGACAAGCACAAGACCGCGUUUCGCUCUCGAUGUGGACACUACGAGUUCACUGUCAUGCCUUUCGGCCUCCGUAACGGUCCUGCCACCUUCCAGAUGGCUAUGAACACGAUGUUCCAGGACCUUCUCGAGGACUUUGUUCUAGUCUACAUUGAUGAAAUCUUUAUCUACAGUUGUACCUUAGAGGAGCAUAUGACCCACCUCCGCAUUGUCCUCCAGCGAUUACGCGACCACGGAUUCUAUGCGAAGCUCUCCAAAUGCGCCUUCGCUCAAUCCAAGGUCGACUUUCUAGGACAUCAGGUCUUCGAGCAUGGACUCCACAGGGACGACUCGAAGAUCCAGGCUAUCGUCGAUUGGCCUACACCUACUUCUCUUCCUGCGCUACAUAGUUUCCUCGGGUUGACCAACUACUACGGUCAUUUACGGUCAUUUUCUUAAAAACUAUGCGCAAUACUCUUCACAGUUGACUCCUCUGACCCGCGGACGUCUACCCUUCCAUUGGACCCCGACUCAUGAGGAUGUCUUUCGCUCUCUGAAGCGACUUGUCACGUCAGCCCCUGUCCUACACCUACCCGACUACCCCCGCCCAUUCAUCGUCACCACCGACGCGUUCGACUUUGCCAAAGGAGCUGUCCUCUCCCAGAUUUACCCAACCCCUUCUACUUCUCCACAGCCCCACAGAGUCUCGUCUCCCUCGCAUUCCUCGCUUUCCCCCCCCACCCCGAGCGACUGCGGCUCGACUUGUACCUAUCGAGCCCACCACCUC